CGAGCGCGAGCCGCCGGCGGAAGUGCUGCGUCGCGCACUUCCGGGUGUUGUCUGGCCGCCGCCGCCGCGCGUCUCCGGUCUCCCGGCCGCCGCUGCCGUCGCCUCGGGUCCCGGAGGCAGGAGCGACGUCACCGCCAUGGCCGGCAUCAAAGCUUUGAUUAGUUUGUCCUUUGGAGGAGCAAUUGGGCUGAUGUUUUUGAUGCUUGGAUGUGCCCUUCCAAUAUACAACCAAUACUGGCCUCUCUUUGUUCUGUUUUUUUACAUCCUUUCACCUAUUCCAUACUGCAUAGCAAGAAGAUUAGUGGAUGAUACGGAUGCUAUGAGUAACGCCUGUAAGGAACUGGCCAUAUUUCUUACAACAGGCAUCGUGGUCUCAGCUUUUGGACUCCCUAUUGUAUUUGCCAGAGCACACCUGAUCGAGUGGGGAGCUUGUGCACUUGUCCUCACCGGAAACACUGUCAUCUUUGCAACUAUCCUGGGCUUUUUCUUGGUCUUUGGCAGCAAUGAUGACUUCAGCUGGCAGCAGUGGUGAAAGGGAUUACUGAACUCUUGUCAGAUGGACUUCUUGUCAUUUCUCAGCCGUCCGUGCACACAGGAGGUGGGGCAGUGAUGCCGAGCAGUGGAGCGAGCCUCUUGGGGGUGUUCUAGGCGCUCCUUCUCUCUUGUAUUGUAAGCGUACUAUUUUCACAGAGACUUGCUGAAGGAUUAAAAGGAUUUUCUCCUUUGGAAAAGCUUGACUGAUUUCACACUUAUCUCUAGUAUGCUUUUUGUGGUGUCCUGCUGAAUUUAAAUAUUUAUGUGUUUUCCCUGUUCAGUUUUUUUUUUUUUAACCAGUAUGCAAUGUUAAAUAUUUUUUAAAUCUAAUAACCAUUUGCAUUGGUUAGGAACUAGAGUUCUGCUGGCUAUUACUGGGCUAAAGUACUUUUUUUUCCUUAAAAUUAUUUAACCUCCAUUACUACACAAAGUUAUAAAGAUAAGUUUUUCAAUCAGUCAGGAUGACAUCACUCCCAAUUUUAUGCAAACAUGCAGACUAUUAGCAUACCUUAUAGACGAUAUACUCAGUGCAAAUAUAGCUGCAUUUAUACCUCAGAGGGGCCAAGUAUUAAUGCCACGCCCUCCAUAAGGAUUGCUGGUUUUGCUGGAAAGCAGGUGUUUUGUGAACUGCAAAUUAUUUUAUGGAAUUGCUACAAAGGAGUGCUUUUAUUCUCAAUUGUUAGAAGAACUUAUUGUUAAAGGUAAGAGUGUAAAAGCAGAUUUUUGAGAUAUGGUUUUUAUUUAUGUUACAAUUAGAGUGAGUUGCAUUGUGGGAAGAAACGAUAUUGAAAUUCCAUUUUUUUGAAUCCUGUUUCUAUUUAUAAGUGAAAUUUUUAAUCUUCUUUCAGACUUUCAUGUUUUACAUGGGUAAAGGGACACACACAGAACUACUACUGAUACGGGAAAGUGUAUGUUUGCAUCCUACAUACUAGAAAACCUUUUCCUGCCUCCUCCUUAUAACUUAUUUUAUACAUUGUAUAUAUUAAGUAAAAUCACUUUUCCAAUAUGGUUUAAUAACACGUUAAACUAGAGGUUUUAACACACCUGGAGAGUGAUUGCUCCACCAUACAUUCAGAGUGCCCCAGCCCCGCAAGGCCUUGACGUGAUUAACAAGUGACUUGUUAGUUAUGCUGGUAAUUCAUGUAUUAACAACUCAAGAUUUAGACCACGGUAAUUGUAGUUCUUAUCCCCUAAGGUUAUAUCAUAUGUAAUUUUUAAAUAUUUAAGGCAAGUUUCCUGUAUACCUCUCAACUGUUUUGAUUUUUAUUUCACCGUAAUAGAUUUGCUGUUACCUUUUAAAAAUGGCCUUGAUUGUGUGAAUUAAUGCGAAGUAGCCAAAUCCAGCUGUAUCGCAGCUUCAGACACAAAGCUGACCAAGACGUUCCCAGUAACCCGGCGUGAUCAAACUGUAGUGGUCAUUCCAUCUCACGAUUAUCAGUACUUUUUUUCAGGAGCUAGUUUUGAAAAUGUUCAAGUUGGUCUGACAGUAUUUUGUUAAGGACAUUUGUUUAUAUGUUUAUUCACUAUACUUACAUAAAACCUGUUCUGCCUUCAGACAAAAAUGGAGUAAUCAUGACAACUGUCUUGUUUUAUAAAGUUGAUUUCUCCAAAAAAUGGGAACAAAUUGUGGGUUUGUUCAGCUUUUUACUAAAGAUGCCUCAAGGCCACGGGCUUUAUCGCCCAACUCAAGUUGUUACUUUGAGCCGUGAGAUGGGAAGCAGAAUAAAAAUGCGCGCGUGUGGCUGUCGCAUUUACACACAGGCUGAAAGCAGCUUGCAGUGUUAGGAUGUGGUAGGCGUAAAGACGGAGGAGGGGCAGCCACACGUGGAUUAGGCAGCUGGUGAUACAGUUGGGAACUCAGUGCCUGUGAUCUACUCAAUUUUUUUUCUUUUUCUUUUUUUUUUUUUUUGCCAAAAGUACAUUCUCUGGUCUUCCCCCAUCCAUUUUCUGUUCUAGAAUGUCAGUGCAGUGCACUGCUACUGUUUCAUUUACUUGGCCAUAGACUCUUUUUCUGAGAGCUGCGUAUUUCUUCUGUAUACUAAUCGCACUGGCAGCAUUGUGUCUUUGACCUUGCACACUAGCUUGACAUAGUGCUGUCUCUGAUUUCCAGGCUAGUUACUUGAGGUCUGAAUUUUCCAUAGAAUGUGCACUGAUCCUGCAUUGCCAUUCUUCUAUGGAAAGAGAACUUUUGAUGAUGAAACAAUAAAGAUUUUAAAUAUCU